AUGGCGCGGGUGCCGCGGGGCAGUUGGGUGGCGAGGAGGCGGGCGCUGGACCGGCUCCGCCGCGGCAGCGCACACUCGGCGGCCAGUAGGAACCAUCCCCAGGGGUGCACGUGGACGGGCGUGCAGGAGCGGGUGCGGGGCCGGUGGGCGGCGCGGAUCCGCGUCCCGGGCACCCACACCAGGCUGUGGAUCGGCAGGUUCGAGCAGGCCCUGGAGGCGGCGCUCGCCUACGACACCGCGCUCUUCUGCUUCCACGGCCCCCACCGCCUACCCAGCCCGCGCAGGUUCAACUUCCCCGCGGCGCCGCGCCCCAAAAUCCGCGAGGACGUGCGCGCCACGCUCACCCGUGCCGACAUCAAGCGCAUCGCGGAGAGCCACGCCCGCUUCUUGGCCAACUUCUACGUCGGUACGCUGCCAGCCGUCAGCCCUGCAGCAGCUUCACCACCACCACCACCACCGGCGGUUGCGGCGGCAGAUGGUGCUGCUGCUGUUGCCAACGAAGCAACUGCUACUACUGAUGGUAGCAACGGCAACAACUGCAUGGGUUAA